AAUGGUGCCUUAGAAUCACCUAGUCAAAUAGAAGGAUCUCAGAGGUGCGGUGUGCCCAUUUUAAGUCCUGUAAAAUACUGUAAAAUUAAGUCCUGUAAAAUGUUUAACACAUCAUCAACAUAUUUACCUGUUUCUAUCUAUUGCAGCUGCAUGACAUCAACAUCGCUUUGAAUAGGGCUUCUGCAAGAAUGUCAAACAGGCUUGUCAAUUCCGAAAAAUUGAAGGUACUCGAGUUACUUCGAAAUGAUCCACAGAGCGAAGCUUUACUGUUGGAGGUCGCAAAAUGGGACAUGCUUCGUAUUGGAGACAAAUUGGGGUUUCCGGAGUAUAUAACACGAUGUACCAAUCUUAAGACAUUAUGUGUUUGGGUUCAUGAUUUUGGCGUCAGCAUCCCUGAGACGGUUUUUGAUUUGAAUACUUUACAAGCACUCUUGAUUUCUGCAGUGGACUUAACAGAGAUCCCUCGUGAAAUACGCCAACUUGCCGAUCUGACAACACUAUAUAUACAGAACGGUAAAAUUACCAACAUUUCAGAUUUUAUUGGUGAUUUGGUUAAUUUGAAAAGACUGUCAUUCAUGAAGAACAGAAUAAACCUCGUUUCAAUUGAAUUGGGGAAGUUGAAACAAUUAACAUAUCUCAGUCUUUCCGACAAUAGUUUGGCUGAUUUUCCUCUUUGUAUAUGUGAACUGUACAAGCUAAAGCACUUGGUGUUGACUGAAAAUAAACUAAAUAUAAUUCCGUCGGAAAUAAGAAAAUUGACAAACCUGGAAGGUCUCUUCGCCUCACAUAAUGAAAUAUCCGUCAUUUCCCCUGACAUUGGUAGCUUAACGAAACUCAAGUUUCUUGACCUUCGGUAUAACCAGGUAGAAGUUGUACCGUUCGAAAUUGGUUACCUUGAUGCCCUUAAGCAAUUCUGGAUCACAAAAAAUCCGACGAAGCAACCACCUCAAAAUGUAUGUUCCCAAGGCACGCAAGCUAUCAUGCGUUAUUUAGAAGAUCUCCGCCGCUCGGCAGCGAUAGAGACCGCUAGACUUAAGAUAAACGUUUUGGGCGAAACCUGCGCGGGAAAAAGUAGUUUUGUGCGAUCUUUAGCAGCAGGAGAAACGCGCAUGACGCCCAUGGCGGAUCGAACCCAUGUGAUCGAUCAAGCGGCAUGGCAACCAGAGAAAGGGAUUCUGAUAAGAAUCAAUGAUUUUGGUGGUCAUGACAUCUACAAGUUAGCUCACAGUAUAUUCAUGGACAAAAACUCACCCGUUUUCCUCGUCUUCGACAUCAAUGAAAUAAAUGAAUCGAAUAGCAAUAUCCUCCUUGGAACGUGGAUUAACGUAGUCCUUUCUAAAUCACCAAAAACGAAGAUAAUACUGAUAGGUACGCAAGCCGACAGGUGCAACGACACCGCAAUCCAGGUUAAAUCUAAAGAAGUAUCAGCUUAUGUAGAAGAUUUGCUUGUGAGGAGAGAGCUAAGCUUGAAAUCGCAACUUGAAGCAGUGCGACAACGAAUGGAAGAGGAACUGCCCUUUCAAGAGGCCUUUAAGGCGAAAAACGCUGUGAUCAGUUCUAGUCUCAGCGAAACACCCGACAUAGCUAGGUCCAUCAAGGUCGUCAGUUCCAACUCGCUGAGUGGUUUCCAAGCGAUACAAAAGUUGGCGGUAUCCAUGGCAAGAGAAAAAGCAGUCAUCUUACCGGAAUCAUGGUUCAUCGUUACUGAUUACGUGGAGAGGGAGAAGGUUCGUAAGACCGAGCCUUACCUGAAGAAGAGCAAACUCAUAAUCUACCUAGACUCUCUGGAAAACGAGAGCAUCGAAAAAAGAGAGGCAGUGAAAGAAGUCCUUCCUGAGAUUCUCCGGUACCUUCACGGUUCUGGUGAAAUAAUUUGGUUUGAACAGAGCCCUGUGCUUAGUGAGGUAAUAUUCCACAGACAUGAGAUCGUCGCCGGUUUACUGAAAGCCGUUUUGAGACACGACAUGGAGGACUUGUUGGUCCAUAGCCGCCCAGAAUUCGUCCACCAGUUUUCCAAGUUUGGUUUUGCCCUCGCCCGGGAGGAUAUUCUGCACCGGGGUAUCAUGACUUACAAGAUGCUGCAAUGCCUCUGGAAGCCUUUUAAUAUUGGAGACAUCGGGGCCAAUGCAGUCAUCGAGCUGAUGAAGAACUUCGAGAUGUGCUACUCAGUGGUGGUCAACAAGGUGGAAUACCUGCAUAUACCAUGGCUGCUAAAUGAAACAGCACCUUCUUCGAUCUCUAACAGAUGGCACCACCGUAUAGAAGAUCCAGACAACCAGGACCAACUGACUCUUGAACUGCACUUCGUCGACCAUCCCCCGAUAGGGUUCUACGAACAAGAAGCCGUCAGGCUGAACAAGUUCAUAGAGCAUAAAACUACCCGCGUUGACUGGAAAGACGGAGUAUUUGUCGAGAUGGACCAAAAUACUCGCUGUUUGCUGCAAAGAAAGGCCAACCAUGACAACGGUGACGUGAUUACUUUCGCGCUGCGAGGUUCUCACCUUCGAGAUCUUUGGAAGACUUUUUUGGAAGUCCAUAGGGACAUCAGACUCCUACUCAUCGAGGAGUACCCCGGAGCUCAGUGCGACAUGUUCUCGUUGUGUCCUCACUGCGUUAAGGAAGGUGUCCCAGAUCCAACAAAGUUUCCGGCAGAGGUUCUGCGUGAUCCGCCUUCUCAGGACAUCACGAGUAUCCCGUGUAGGCAUUCCAAAACAGGGAGCGUGCCUGUAUACCUCGUUUACCCGCAGAAUGUAUAUCUUGGUCGCCGGAUGACCAUGCUUCACAAGAAGGCCUUAAGGUCAAACCGCUUGCAACUUGUGGACGACAUAUCUGACCCCUCCAUGGAGGACAUUGUGACGCAUCUUGGCUCACACGCCAUCCUAACCGUGAGAGAACAGGAGUACGUGCGACAAAAACCUAUCAGAGAUGAAAAAGUCGAGGCCCUGUUAGACGUGCUGAGAGGGAAAUCGGAUGAUGCUUUCUUUGAAUUCUGCAACGGCUUGGACAACUGUGGACUCCGGCAUUUGACAAUCGCUCUUAAAAAUCACGCUUGAGGAUAUGAGGAACGACAAGCUUUAAAUUGCACUCUUCAUUUCGAUAUCCCAAAUUAACUGGUGCAUAUGCAAGGUGGGCAGUGUUGCUGUUGAAAGUAAUCAGACACAUGUAGGGCAACAAAAAGCGAACUUCUAAGGUUACGCUGUAUGGCUAAACUUUUUUCUUGCAAAGCUGUUUUUAAUCAAUGGCAUUGGCUUUUCCUGUCCAUGUAAUGAAAAGAACAUAUACUGCAAUGAUUCCAUUGUUAUUUCACUUUUAUUUUCCUUUUCCAAGUCUUGCUAACUGCAUGUUGAAUGGCCACAAUAUCUAUCAAACUGAAGAUAAUAAUAUUAAGAAAUGUUUUUAUAUUAUUCGGCGUCGGCUAAGACUAGACUAGAUCAGAAAACAGCUUACGGCAAAUCCUUUAGGAGUCCAAUAUCUCUUUCUAAUUUUGUCUUACCAAAGUUUCCUUAUCACCUUUUACAUUGUUAAAUAAAAAUGCGGUACGAAGUUACUUCAAAUGUUGUUCAAAGGGUGCUUAUAUUACUCUGGUACCACAGAAGUUAAUUUAUUUAAUAUUAAUGAUGACAAAUAACCAUAAAUAGUGUGACUGUACUUUAUUAGCAAGGAAUAAAACGAACU